AUGACGAUGAGUAGAUCUUCCUCGGGUAUCACCCAGGUGCUCCACCUAAUGCUCGCCCUGACCGCCACCAAGGCCAACGUCGGCGAGGGUCCGGGCGCCAGCCGGGGUCCCGGCUCGGCCCCUCCCAGCCCGAAGCUGCUGAUCGGUUUCCAGGCUCCUUGGAACUCGUCGUUCCCCUUCAGUGCCCAGCGGCUGGGCUCUGCCAUCCAGAUCGCCAUAGACAAGGUGAACGGCAACCCCUCCUUCCUGGGCAACUACACUUUGAGCUUCGUCUACAUGGACACAGCCUGCAGCCCUAAACUGUCCUUAGGGGCCUUCAUUCAGCAGGUGUGGCGGGACAACGCGUCUGCCGUCUUUGGCCCAGCGUGUCCCGAAGAAGCUGAGGUGACGGGCCUGAUCGCGUCCACGUGGAGCAUCCCCAUGUUCGGAUUCGUGGGCCAGUCGUCCAAGAUGGACAACGCCGACGUGUACGACUCGUACGUGAACGUGGUGCCGCCGCUCAAGAGGAGCUCCGAGGUGCUGGUGAAGACCUUGGAGUUCUUCGGGUGGACGCAUGUGGCCAUGAUCGGCGGUGGUCUGGACUCCAACACGUGGAACAAAGUGGACGCGCUGUGGAAAACGGUGGACACGGCGCUGAGGUCAAGGUUCAAGUUGACGGCCGCCGUCAAGUUCGACACCAGCGACCCACGUCUGGUUUACCGCAACGUCAAGUACAUCGCCACUGUGGCUAGAGUGAUCGUGGUCCUGGCCAACAAGGAGGACUCUCUGACGCUGCUGCUGGAGGCCGAGCGCCAGGGCCUGAUGGGCGGUGACAACGUUUUCUUCCUGGUGCAACAUUUUGAGGACAACGUGUGGAAAACUCAACUGGACGGCCAAAUGAACCGAGCGGCCCUCCGAGCCUUUGACAUGACGUUCAUCAUCGGCCAGAAGUCUUAUGACGGCUACGACUACUACGACUUCUUUGAGCAGGUGUUCGAAAGACUCCGAGGACCGCCAUUCCACAGCAACCUGACGUCCGAGAGAGAGGUGAGCACCUACUCGGCCUACUUGCACGACGCUGUGCUGCUCUACGCCAUGGCCUUGAAGGAGGUCCUGAAAGACAGCGAGGAUCCUCACGACGGACGUCAGGUUCUGCAGAAACUGAAGAACAAGAAUGGCAUUCGCUUCUACGGAGCUUCCGGACUGGUCCACUUUGACGAGGACGGGGAGAGAAACCUGGACUAUUCCAUUUACGACCUGCAGUAUCGCAGGGAUGAUGCCACGUUUGUCCCAGUCCUUCAUUUUGACAGCCACAGCAAAAGCAUCCGGCCGACGCCCAUGUUCGCCGCAGUGACUUGGCCCAAAGGAAGACCCCCGUCCGACAACCCCGAAUGCGGCUUCAACAACGAGCUGUGCGAAUGGCUGAGUACCGACAUCGUCCUUCUGGCUCUGCUGGUCACCUUCCCCGUCAUCGGCGUGUCGGUCGUGCUGGGCAUCGGCGUCCUGGUGCUUCAGAAGCUGCGCCUCCAGGCCAGCCUGGAGGACUCGCGCUGGUGGCUCAUCGACUACGGCGACAUCACAAUCAUCAGGGAGGCGUCGCACGUGCACGCCGUGUCGCUGAGCACCACCAGGAGUCCGAGUGGCAGCGGAGGCUCCUGCUCCACCUUGUCCACCAACAGCUACGGCUUCAAGGACAAAACGGGCAAAGAGCACAUCUACGUCCCCAUUGGCCUCUACCAGGGUAAUUACGUGGCCAUCAAGUACAUCAAGAAGGACGUUCGUGAGAACCUCCACGGGGCCUCCGUCCUCGCCGAGUUCAACGUGAUGAGGGAGAUGAAGCACGAGAACCUGUUGCAAUUCUUCGGCGCAUGUGUGGAGCCGCCCAACGUCUGUCUGGUGACGCAGUACUGCAGGAAGGGCAGCCUGAAGGAUGUUUUGAAGGCUUCCGACGUGGAGUUGGACGGGAUGUUCAAGCUUUCCUUCGCUUACGACAUCGUCAACGGAAUGGACUUCAUCCACAAGAGCAGCCUCAAGUUCCACGGCAACCUGAAGACCAGCACCUGCAUGGUGGACAGCCGGCUGCAGGUGAAACUAUCCGGGUUUGGACUGUGGGAGUUUAAGUACGGCAGUAAAGGCAACAGUGACCUGACAGGAACUCCCAAAUAUGAAGGGUUUUUCUGGACAGCUCCGGAGCUUUUGAGAAAAGUCAACCCCGCGAUCACUGGGACCCCCAAAGGGGACAUCUACAGUUUUGCAAUCAUCCUGUGGGAGCUCAUGUACAACUCCAAGAGCGGGCCGUACCAUGAGGUCAACAUCGAGCCCAAAGAGAUAAUCGCGAGGCUGCGGGGGCCCUCCCGCGGCGAGCCCCUCAGACCGCCCCUUUCUGACCUGUGCGACGAAAGCAUCAACUCGUUGCUCAGGGUCUGCUGGAACGAAAACCCCGACCACCGACCGCCGUUUCGGUCCAUUCUGAGACAGCUGAAGGAAAUCAGCCCAGAAAGCCAUGCAAACAUUCUGGACAACAUGGUGGAGAAGCUCGAAAAAUAUGCCAAUCACCUGGAGGUGGUGGUGGAGGAGAGAACCAAUCAACUGGUCGCCGAGAAGUCUCGCUCAGACAAGCUUCUCUCCAGCAUGUUGCCGAGGUACAUCGCUGACGAACUGAUGGCAGGGAAGUCGGUGGAGCCUCGCAGCUACGACGUGGUGAGCAUCUUCUUCUCUGACAUCGUGGGCUUCACCUCCAUGUGCGCCAUCAGCUCGGCCAUGGAGGUGAUCAUGUUCCUCAAUGACCUCUACAGCCUCUUUGAUGACAUCAUCAGGAUGUAUGACGUCUACAAGGUGGAGACCAUCGGUGACGCCUACAUGGUGGCCAGCGGUCUGCCCAUCGCCAACGGCCAACAGCACGCCGUGGAGAUCGCCACCAUGGCUCUCCACUUCUUGAGCGCCAUCAAGCGCUUCCGGAUACGCCACAUGCCCUCCGAGAGCCUGGCCAUCCGCAUCGGCGCCCACUCGGGUCCGGUGGUCGCCGGCGUGGUCGGAAGCACAAUGCCUCGCUACUGUUUGUUUGGUGACACGGUCAACAUGGCCUCUCGCAUGGAGAGCAACAGCUUACCCUUGAAGAUUCACAUUUCUCAGUGCACUGCUGACAUUCUGACUCAGGUGGGGUCAUUCGAGCUGGAGGAAAGGGGACAAAUCGAAAUGAAGGGCAAAGGCUACCAUAAGACCUACUGGCUGUUGAGCAAACAGGGUUUCAACCCUCCUUUACUGGCUCCCCACAGCCCUGCACGGACGGACGCAUGCCUCCAGCUGGAAAAAGAGGUGCACUCAGGACCCAUCCACGUGCUCUUCUUUUUCUUCUUGAUGUUGUGUUCCUAA